AUUAAUAGAUCUAUCUCUAAGAGCCAAAACAAAUAAACAAUACAUAUAAACCAGAAAGAGAGAGAGACAGAGAGAGAAAAAAAAUGGCAAAUCUAGAGAAGAAGAAGAAGAAGACUCCUACUGUGAUCUUCUCCAUCCUCCUCCUUCAACUUAUUCUUCUCUUCCUACAAAGCCAAGCCAUCUCCUCCUCAGAGCUGAACUGCAGAAGAUCAGCAGGAGAGUGUGAAUGGGAAGCAGAAGCAGAAAUGGAGUCUGAAACCAGUAGAAGAAUGCUUUGGGGUACCCUACAGAAGCAUUACAUAAGCUAUGCUGUGCUGAGGAGAGAUAGGGUACCCUGUGACCGCCCUGGAACUCCUUACUACAGCUGCCAUGGAAAUGGAGAGCCGAAGGCCAAUCCUUAUGUCAGAGGCUGCUCCAUCAUCGCUGGUUGCAGACAAGGUAGCCCUUAAUUACCUUCAAAGCAUGCAUUAUUGCCUAUGGGAUGUAUUUUUUUUUUAUUUGUUCUCUUCAUUUGAUCUUUCGAUUGUAAGGAAAAUUUAUCAAGAACUUUGGGAGAUCAUGAGAGAACUGUUCAGGGUUUGUUCGGAUGAUCAGAGAGUUUUAUUAAAGCUUCGUUUGGAAAGGCUUUUUUACU